CAUUUGUGUUGUUGGGUGCCUAGAAUUCGAUUUGUUUCCGUCUCAGGAAAAAUCUGGCAGGCAGGGCGAGCAAGUUUUCCUAGUUUUCCCAGUCAAGUGACAAACAAAUAUGGAUUUUCGGUAUGGUCGGAGCUUUUCCGGGGGCAAUGGAAAUGACAAUGAUCCAGGCCACAGGCGAUAUAGUCGCUCCCGAUCCCAGUCCAGAGAACGCUAUAGACGCCGCCAUUCACGGUCCCGCAGUCGGGAGCGUUCAUCGCAUUAUAGACGCCACCAUGACCCCAGCCCAGAUCGCGACCUCUAUCGCGAUCUGGUCAAUGAGGACUACCUGGAGGAUCAACGCCACUAUGGUACGCGUAAAAACUUUGAUCAUUAUCGCCAGCUUCGCAACGAUGACGGCCAUGAACGUCGUGAUCGCGACCAUUAUGACCGCCGAAAUCGAAACGGCAACCAUGACCGCCGUGAUCGGGACAGAAGUGAUCGAUGGGAGCAUGAUUGCUUCGCUUCAAGAGAACAGGAUGAGCUUGAUCGCAAUGAGCGCUGGAUGAAACAGCAUCGAGAGUCACGACGGCGUAGCUAUGACGAUUAUGAAGAGGAAUUGGAGCGCGACAGUCGUAAUAACGAGAAUGGCGACAAUGAUGAGAUGGCCCCCAACCACGACAUUAGGGAUAGGGGAAGGGAGCGAUCUCGCGAAAGACGCUAUUCGUCGAACGAUGACUCAUCAGAGCCUGAUGAUGAGAUUCUAGAGGAGCACGAGCAACACCCUAACAGAACCGAAGCGUCCAACAACAUCAUCCUCUUCGGCUUGAAGAAACAUGUCACAGAAGCAGACAUCAUGGGCGAGCUGAUCAAAGUCAACAUGGAGGCCGCAUCUAUUCGCGUAAUGAGGAAGAAGCCAUCAGGUGCCUCACGCUGUUUUGCAUUUGUCGAGUUUAAAACCGUUGAGGAGGCGCAUCAAUGGAUGGAUUUGAAUCAGGGUUUGCUCCGGCUCGGCGACCAUACCGUGUCCAUGCAAUAUAGCCACACACGUAUUUCGGACUGGACCUGCAUCAAGUGUGGUGCCAGCAACUUUAAGCGUCGCUUCCAUUGCUUCAUGUGUAGCUCAACGCGGGCGGAGAGCGAGACCGCAGUACCCUGUGACGGCGAGGGCAUCGAUGAAAUCAGCGACAUCCUCACAAAAAAGAUCAUGCUGCGUAACCUGGACGCUUUGACAAACGAGGAGAGCGUACUCACUGCCCUCCAGGAGCACUUGUCCUCCGACCAGGCAAAAACCGUUAGCAAGGUGCAGAUCAGUCGGGACACCUUGACUCAGGCUUCGCGGGGCAUCUGCUAUCUCAUUUUCGACACUCUUCUCGACUCGAUGAAUCUGUACAACGGUUUGACGGCCUUGGACCCACCGCUCUCGCUGGACGGCAGAACUGUGCUGGUUUCCUAUUGCAAGGAUCCCGAGAAUCGUAAAAUAUUUUCAACGACGGAAUCUAGUUCAUCUAGACCUAGUGCGGGCAUUACGGCUAUGACAGCCUCCGCACUCAAUGGUAACUACACCCUGGCAGAUGUCCCACGUCUCGCCGCCUACAGUGCUUCCGUCUAUGCCUCGAAUCCCGUUGAGCAUGCCUAUUACGUCCAGUACUAUACGGACUAUUACACGACAGAAAUAAGCAAGCAAAGCGGUAAUCCACAUCUGACUGAGGCUAACUCGGGGGCUGCAGUGGCGCUUUCGGCCAUACAGCGCCAGCAGAAGAAGAAUGCUUCGCAGGUCCCGAUCAACAUGGCAGCGGUGGCAGUUGAAGGGCAAAAAGCCUCGUUUAGUGCCCAAGGCUUGAAUACGCCCAAGGGAAACGACGGAAAAAUCUACCCCACUCCCGAUGUAUCGCAGUAUCAGUAUGACGAGACCUCGGGCUACUAUUACGACCGCACCACAGGCCUCUACUACGAUGCGCACUCACAGUACUACUACAACAACGAAACAGGAGCGUAUCUGUACUGGGAUCAGAAGAGGAGCACCUAUGUGCUGGCCACCCCAGCCUCCACCCAGGCAGCACUCCAGGAAGUCCUGGCUGAUGCUGAGCAAAAGGAGGAGGAAGCCAGAAAGGCAAAGGAGAAAGAGAAGGACAAGGAGGCCGGCGCCAACAAGCACGACAAGGUCAAGGUGGCCAAGAAAAUAGUCAAGGACAUGGAGAAGUGGGCCAAACAGCUAAACCAAAAAAAAGACUACACUGCGGUUGCCACGCCGCAGCCAAUACUACAGGAGAAUGAAGGCGCCAGCACAUCCCGGGCCUCGCAAGGGGGCUAUGCUGACCUGGGAUUCUCGCUCCUCGAGAAAAAGGAGCGUGGGGCUAAGACCGCUGACGUUGUGCCACAGUUGAAAGUACCGGUUCUGAGUAAACUGGCAAACGCCGUUGGAGGGACAUCCGAGGACUCUGACGAUGAGUCUUUGGGAGUCAGAACCACUGUCACUGCUUCUGCCCAAAGGGCAGCUCCAGACGAAGCGGACUACGUGGACUUUCAAAAACUAACCUGUCAACUUUGCAAGCGUGCCUUCCAAUCACUGGAUAUACUGCAGAAGCACUUAAAGAUAUCCACUUUGCACAAGGAAAACUUGGCCAAACUUAACCGAAAUUCCGUAGAAACUAGCAUCGAAGUGGGAUUGUCGUAUCGUGACCGGGCCAAGGAGCGAAGACUCAAAUACGGGGAGGGCGAUCCACCUCCUCCGAAUCGUACCAGGGAGCUCUUUGAACAGGAUAUGAAGACGUUGCAGACAAAUCAGAAUAAUAACGUUGGACAAGCCCCUGUUAUGCCCAUUGGUUCCAGCAAUGUGGGCAAUCGCCUCAUGCAAAAGAUGGGCUGGUCAGAGGGCCAGGGCUUGGGCAGAAAGAACCAGGGUCGCACCCAGAUAAUAGAGGCUGACGGACGCACUAACAAUGUGGGCCUAGGAAACAGGGCUGGAGGACAAAUGUUUCCCGGUACCGACUAUAAAACCUACAUCAAGAAGAUGAUGAAGCAGCGCUAUGAUAACGCUUGAGCGUUCCCUAUUUCCAUGUUUCUUUUAUUUCCAUUCCUUUUAAGUCUAAUUAGCUAAGUGCUUACCUCAGCUUCACAUCCUCAUUUUGUGGUGAUCAAUUCAUUUGUACUGAAGUAUAUAACAUGUAAAUAGAUAAUAAACAAAGGGUGGCUCAAUUAAAUUAAA